UGCCGGCAAACACAAUCAUGUUACAUUUGAGAAACUUGGCUGUGUUAAUUCUAGUAGCUGCAACAUUCGCUCAGGAUGAUUAUUACGACGAGGAACCGCAACCGCCCAGAGCCAGACCCGCGCCGGCUAGGAUUCAACCGGGUUACUCGGGACCCGCCGCCCCCAGACCCACCCCUAUUGCCAUCCUGAAGCAAAUCAACAGACACAACGAAGACGGUUCGUAUACCUACGGUUACGAAUCGGCCGAUGGGACGUUCAAAAUCGAAACCAAACUGCCCACCGGUGAAGUCAAAGGGAAGUACGGGUACGUCGAUGACACCGGUAAAGUACGCGUGGUGGAGUACGGAGCCACCAAAUACGGCUUCGAUCCCAGCGGGGAGGGCAUAACGGUACCGCCUCCAACGUUAGUCGACGAGUCCAGAGAACAAGAGCAAGAAGAGGACCUUUACGAGCAAAGACCGGCCCGUCCGCUACCCCAAGUUCCCAUCAGAAGACCCCAAGCAGUACGACCCAGGCCUCAGCAGCAGAUCGAAGUCGAGGAGUACUCUCCACCGCAGCAAUUCGAGCCGGCUGCAGAACCUCCUCGAUCCGCUCCAGCUCAAUCGUCGUUCGAAUUCGACUUCGGGCCGCAGACGCAGGCCAGGCCGGCCCCUGCGCCCAGGUACUCGCCCGCGCCGGCGCCGAGACCGGUGCAAGUGCCCGGCGCCCAGCCGAGCCCGCUGGACGAUUUCGGCCCCGCGGCGAGACCCGCCCCGAGGGUGACGUACGCCCAGCCGGUGCCCGCUCCUGCGAGACCGGCGCCCGUCGAUUUCGAUAUUCCUGCGAGACCCGCGCCUAGAUUUUCGCAGGCUCCUCGGCCGGUGUAUCAGCCCAGGCCGGCGCCGAGCGCGCCUGGUGGUAGGGCAGGAGGGAUUCUGGAUCAGUUGAGCAAGGAUUACGCGCUGCCUUCGGGCGGGGCUGCUCCGCUUCACGAUAUUAGUUUCGGUUAUUAUUAAGGUAUAUAAUAUAGUGGGUUUUUAUGGAUGUAUGUUCUGUUUUAUUUUGUAUUUUUAUCUGGAAUGGACAUCCAUAAAAGUGGCGCGUUGGAUACAAUAGGGAGGUCUUUUUAUAUCCUUAAUAGCGAUUCUACUCUUCGUUCUUUUUAACACGUAUUGUCGAGAUUUUUAAGCUAAAUGGUGAGAAUAAAAUGACCUCUUUAUAAUAAUUAUUGUAGGUGGGCCAACCAGCUAGUCUUGUGAAUUUAAUUGUUUUGAAAAAUAUUAUUCUGCCCUCCGUGAACAUUGUACGAAAGUGCCUUAUUGUUAGUUUAAUAAGCAUGUACAUCGACUGUGUAUAUACUGGAUGUUUGAAAACAUUUGGACGUUGCUUUAUUAAAUUAAAUCAUUCGGGUCUCUUAAGUGAUUAACGAAGCAUGUAUUUGUGUAUUUUAUUUAACAAUUUUU